AUUUAAUUGCAAAUUGACAAUUUAACCAUCGUACCAUUGUAGAUCACAUUUAAAAAGGUUCACAGAGUUUUUAAAUUUGUUGUGCUAAAUUCACCAAGUGUUAUUGAGAAGUUCUCCAACGUAACAGUUGUCGUUGAUUAUUAUAAUUUCCAUACAUCCACACACACACACAGGUCUUUUGUGCUGCUUUGUGUUGUACAAGGGAAAAAGAAAAAAGGCCAAAAAUAAAAGCUUAAGCUUUAUAUUUUUUGUUGUUAACGCUACUCUUUUAACUUACCGAGUGGAUCAUUUGGCGCACCCCAAGCAGGGGAACAUAUUGUUUUAUAUGACUUUUGAAAGAAUUUUAGAAACACCAGUAUACCAGCAAACACCUCCAUCUCCACCUCAACGGAGCAAGUUCGUUAGUUCGUGCAUGAAUUCACAUCGGCGCUAUUUAAGUCAUAGGACUUCAAAAUUUUCUAGUAACAGACAUCGGAAGCUGCAACCUUUUAGAGAAACGUGAGGCAUUCGUCGUUGCAAACCAACAAAUGAUUGCCCUCGUAUUUUCGAAUUUUAAACCACUAUUUUUAUAAACAAUACAAAAACAACAACAUACAUAAAUGUAAAGAGAAAAAAUCUUCAAAAAAAUUUUAAAAAAUUACAAAAAAUCCAAAAAAAAUUGAACAAUCAAACAUUGCAUAAACAACCUUAACACCCUUAACAAAAGGAUUGUGUACACUUUGCUUGAUUGCAGCAUUGAAUAAAAUUUCAAACAAAAAGCAAGUUUUCAAAAGAAAAAUCUGCCCUGAAGAAGAGAUAAGAAGGAAGUUGACAAAGCACCACACAUAUUCUUAACAGAUAAUCAUAUUGAAAAGCGAUUGAGAAAGAAGCGGAAAAGUUGCUGUAGAUUUUAAUAAUUGAAAUAAUUCUUCAAAAACUGUAUAAUAUUUGAGACAUCUUACUCUCAAAUAUUACCAAGCACACAGCAGCAACAGAGCAUCUUAGAAAGUCAAAAGGACUCGCCAGGAAAAAACCGAACAACACAACCUAUAAAACAAAAACAAACUUCAUGAAUUUACCAAAUAUUAUAAAACCAUAUAAUAAAUCAAAAAAUAAACAUUUUAACCCUACUACUCAGCAGAUUCUACAGUUGGCAAACUGUUGGACCCCAAAGGAACAGGGACAAGAACAGCAGCAGCAACAAAUAGUAGCCGCCGCCAUUGAAUCAAUUGAAAACGGCCACACACAAACCGGACUCCAUGAAAGUCAUUUGAGCUAAAGAGCAUUACGACGACGAAUUUGUUUGUUGGCUUAUAUCCUUGUUUUACACUGGCACGCUCGCUAAGCUCGUUGGAUAAUUGAUAGAAAUUGUGGAUAUAUCAGUUAGAGAUAUUAGCAAAAGUUUUUGUGUGUAGCAAAACCAAAAGAGGCUUAGUUAGAAGAGGUUUCUUUUUGUUUCUUUUGUUCAUAACCGAGUAAACCCCCAAAACAACUCAAGAAUCAUGGGUACCGUCAAUGUCAACCGCAAUGUCACGGACAUUUUCUAUCGCUAUAAAAUGCCUAGGAUUCAGGCUAAAGUUGAAGGCAAAGGAAAUGGUAUUAAAACCGUUAUUGUCAAUAUGGCUGAUGUGGCCAGGGCCAUUGGCAGACCGGCCACCUAUCCAACCAAGUAUUUUGGAUGUGAACUAGGAGCCCAAACUCAAUUUGAUCAUAAGAAUGAACGUUUCAUUGUGAAUGGCUCCCAUGAUGCUGCCAAAUUGCAAGAUCUAUUGGACGGUUUCAUUCGUAAAUUUGUCCUAUGUCCCGAAUGUGAUAAUCCUGAAACCGAUUUGAGCGUUUCCAAUCGCAAUCAAACAAUUUCGCAGUCUUGCAAGGCUUGUGGCUGGCAUGGUCUAUUGAAAGUCAAUCAUAAGGUGAACACAUUCAUUUUGAAGAAUCCACCCACUAUUAAUCCGGCCGCCCAAGGUUCCUCUUUGACCGAGGGCAAACGUUCGAAGCGUGUCAGUAAGAAGAAUGGCGAAAAUGGAGAUGUUGGCAAUAAUUCACUUAAUAAGAAUUCGGAUGGUGAAUCGGACGGUGGUAAUCAGGCCACUCAAACUGAAAAUGAAAUUAGAGAUGCUUUGCAGAAUAAGACUGGCGAUGAAGAUGCCGAUGAAUGGAGUGUCGAUGUAUCAAAGGAGGCUAUACGUGCCCGUUUACAAGAUUUAACCGAUGGAGCCAAGAGUAUGACCAUUUCUGAUGAUUAUGAUAAAUCUGAAAAAGAACGCAUCGAUAUAUUUUAUGAAAUUGUAAAGAAGAAGUUAAACGAAGGCAAACUCGAUACUGUGGCCGAACACAAAGAAUUGCUCAUCGAAGCCGAACGUUUGGAUAUUGUCCAUAAGGCACCUUUGGUAUUGGCUGAAUUACUAUUCACCGAUAAUCUUACACAGGAUGUGCGCAAACACCGUGUACUCUUGUUGCGUUUCACCCAUAACAAUCCAAAGGCACAACGCUACUUGAUUGGCGGUAUAGAGCAAGUGAUUGCUCUGCACAAGGAUAAAUUGGUACCAAAGGUGGCUGGCGUUCUUAAGCUCUUCUACGAUUCGGAUGUUUUGGAGGAAAAGGUCAUUUUGGAUUGGUCGCAAAAGGUCAGCAAGAAGUAUGUAUCCAAAGAAGUGGCCACGGAAAUACACGAGAAAGCUAAACCCUUUAUACAAUGGCUGAAGGAAGCCGAGGAGGAGGACUCAUCGGAAGAGGAAGAUGACGAGGAUUCUGAAGUCGAAAUUGAGUACAAUGAUAGGGCUCGUGUUGAGCCUCUUAAAGCCGUAACUCAAGUAACCAAAAAGGUUAUCGAAGAAGAUGAUGAUGGCGAGGAGAUUGAUAUCGAUGAUAUCUAAAAGAAGAAAAUGUAACCGUUUUUAAAAAUUAAAGAGAGCAGAGCCAAAAGAAAGCGGCAAAUUAGUUAUCAAUGAAAAAAAAAACACUUUUUGCAAAAUACAACCAUAAUAACAAUUAUACUGCAAAAUUAAAACACGCAUACUAAAACCCCCCUCU